AUGUUCUCUUCCAUGCUUCUUUUCAGCGGCCUUGUUGCCUCAGCCUUUGCUCAUCCCGCUAUUGAGCCUCGAGCCAGCUGCACCUUUACUGAUGCUGCUUCUGCUAUCAAGGGCAAGGCCAGUUGCUCAACCAUUGUCCUCAACAACAUCGCCGUCCCCGCCGGUACUACUCUCGAUCUUACCAAAUUGAAAGAUGGAACUCAUGUCAUCUUCCAAGGAAAGACCACCUUUGGCUACAAGGAAUGGGAAGGCCCCCUGAUCUCCUUCACCGGAAACAAUCUUCUUAUUGAAGGUGCUUCUGGCCACUCCAUUGACUGUCAAGGUCAACGCUGGUGGGAUACAAAGGGCAGCAAUGGUGGCAAGACCAAGCCCAAGUUCUUUAGCGCACACUCGCUCACAAACUCCAACAUCAAGAGCUUGAACGUUAUCAACACUCCUGUUCAAGCAUUCAGCAUCAACGGAGUCACCAACCUCGGUGUCUAUGAUGUCCACAUGGACAACUCUCUGGGUGACACUCAGGGUGGACACAACACAGAUGCCUUCGAUGUCGGUUCCUCCACCGGAGUGUACAUCUCUGGUGCCGUUGUCAAGAACCAGGAUGACUGUCUCGCCAUCAACUCUGGUACCAACAUCACUUUCACAGGUGGUAACUGCAGUGGUGGCCACGGUCUUUCCAUCGGAUCAGUUGGCGGAAGAUCCAACAACGACGUCAAGACUGUUCGCAUUCUUAACUCAUCCAUCUCCAACUCCGAUAAUGGUGUUCGUAUCAAGACCGUUUCCGGAGCUUCCGGUUCAGUCUCUGAUGUCAAGUACGAUUCCAUCACUCUUAGCAACAUUGCCAAGUAUGGUAUUGUCAUUGAGCAGGACUACGAGAACGGCUCUCCCACCGGUAUUCCUACCACUGGUGUUCCCAUCACCGAUGUCACCAUCAACAAGGUCACUGGAUCGGUCAAGUCUAGCGGCACCAACGUCUACAUUCUCUGCGCCAACUGCAAGAACUGGACCUGGACUAACAACAAGGUCACUGGUGAGAAACGCAUAGUGCCCUUUCAAUCCGGCUGCCGCUAUGUAGCCCUCAGCUACGUUUGGGGAAGGUCUACAGGCCACGAUUUGCAACUGCUGUUAAGCAACCUUGCAUCAUUUCAAGAAAAUAAUGCGCUUCAGAAUAUGUGGGAAGAGGUCCCUGCUACAAUUCAGCAUGCCGUUGAACUAGUACGCCUCAUUGGCGAAGAGUACAUCUGGGUUGAUCGUCUCUGCAUUGUCCAAGAUGAUCAUGAGACGAAGCAAGAACAGAUCAGCCAAAUGGCAUUUAUAUACGGAAACGCUUACUUUACAGUUGUCGCUGCAGCUGCAUACAACGCUCAAGAAGGGUUAAAAGGGAUCAAGGACGUUUCUCCCUCGAUGUAUCAGAAUGUCUGGCCAGAAAGGGCAAACAUGGACCACUACGGCCUCGUGGCAUGGUCGCCGUGGAAUGAACGAGGAUGGACGUUGCAAGAACUCGUAUUUUCACAGAGAUCGCUCUUCUUCCACAAGAACGAAUUGACUUGGGAAUGUCAUUGUGCAAUAUGGCAUGAGCGGAUGCAACUUGCAGAUAUUAACGAAACAAACUGCCUUGGGACACAUAACCCCAAUGCUCGUGGCUUCCGCUAUUCUCCUUGGCCGGACCUUCAAGAGUUUCAUCAGUUGGCAACCAGCUAUAGUCGCAGACAAUUAUCAUUCUCAAGCGACAUUCUCCCAGCCUUUACAGGUAUCACGACAGCCUUGGCACAUUCUUUCCCUGGUGGGUUUCUGUUUGGUUUACCCGAAGUUUCGUUUGAUGUUGCUCUUCUUUGGAGAUCAUCUGGCCCAGCAUCUCGGAGCUCAAAAAUAGGCGAAGCUUCCGUUCCCAGCUGGUCCUGGAUGGUUUGUCUCGACCAGAAGAUUUCUGUGGAUCUUUCACCCUGGGCGAGUGGCUUUUCGUACCUGGCAGGCUCUACUUCCGAGCAGGUCUCAGAAGAGGACGGCAGACGUACCUAUGCACCGCUGCAUGUCGCUCAUCAACAAGAGUGGAAUUCUCGAUGGAACCGAAAGCGUCCUCCAGCAGGUGUAUUGGAUGGACUAGUUACGCAGCCAAUCUGCUCGUGGUAUGUCAAAGAAGAGACAGGUGAUAGACUCAUUUCAAACAACCUCGACGUGUUCAAAGAUUCCUGUCGUAACAAUGACUCUGAGCUACCUCCAGGAUGGGAAAGAGACGGUGAUUUAUUCUACCAUUCAGUCGACCCGCAUCGCAGAUUCAAGUAUCCGAUUCCUCUAGUCACUAAUGAGGAGGAGAUUUCGAUCGAAAAAGACUCUUCGUUCGUGAUAAAAGCUCAGACGGAAAGAGCAUUCUUUUAUAAUAUCCCUGAGCCAUACGGACAAGCUGUAGAUAGGCUUGAAGGAGAAGCUGUCGUGAAUCUUUGCAAUAGCGAGCAAGUCUGGGCUGGCUGUCUACGCGUUCAGACAAGAACAAUCCUUUGGCGACUGUUAACUAAAAAGGUCAAGUGCGAGUUGGUAGUAAUAUCUAAAGGGUAUAUAGACUCCAGCGCGGAUGGUUGGUCUCGUCUCGAUGAACAUGAUGCAUUGAAGAGUCGAGAACUGGAGAAAUAUGAGUUCUACAACGUCUUGUUUAUUGAGUGGAAGGAAGGUGUCGCUUAUCGGCAAGGUAUUGGUCGCGUGGAUAAGUCGGGUUGGGAAGCUGAAUCUCGUGACAUGAUCAAUUUACUGUUGGCGUGA